AUGGACGUGGCCAAUAACACCAUCCCUGGUGGCUUCAUCCUACUGGGCUUCUCAGAUAACCCCAGGCUGGAAAAGAUCCUCUUUGUGGCCGUGACUAUCUUUUACACAGUCACCCUCGUGGGCAACAUCACCAUCAUCCUCCUGUCCCACAUCGACCCCCACCUCCAUACCCCCAUGUACUUCUUCCUCACCCAACUCUCCUUACUGGACCUCUGCUUAACCACUAGCUGCGUUCCCCAGAUGCUGGUCAACCUCUGGGGCCCAGACAAGACUAUCAGCUACUUGGGAUGUGCAGCUCAACUCUACAUCUUCCUGGGACUGGGAGCUGCUGAGUGCGUGCUGCUGCUCAUCAUGGCCUUUGACCGCUACGUGGCCGUAUGCCGACCUCUGCAGUAUGCGGUCAUCAUGCACCCACACCUGUGCCAGAAGCUGGCGCUUCUUGUAUGGGCCAGUGGGAUUGUGAGCACCUUGGUGCACUCCCCCACCACCAUGAAGCUGCCCUUCUGCCAUCACCAUCGGGUGGAUGACUUUGUCUGUGAAGUCCCUGCGUUGAUCCGCCUGGCCUGCGGAGACACGCGGGUCAACGAGCUCCAGAUAUCAGUGAUUGGCACUGUCUUCCUGAUGGGGCCGCUCCUGCUCAUCCUCAUCUCCUACGGCUACAUCGCCCGGGCAGUGCUGACCAUCCAGUCCCAGGAGGGGAGGAGCAAGGCCUUCCGCACCUGCUCUUCCCACCUGGCCGUGGUCUUCCUCUUCUACUGCAGUGGCACCGCGGUCUACGCCCAGCCCCGGAGCCAUUUUUCCCAGAAGGGAGGGAAAUUCCUGACUCUUUUCUAUACUGUGGUAAUCCCCACGCUCAACCCUCUCAUCUACACCUUGAGGAACAAGGACGUGAAGGGAGCUCUCAAGAGGCUGUUUGGGAAAGACAGAAGGGUCAGUGAGGAGUGA